UCAAUCCUCUGGCAUCCAGAGAGCCACCAAUAUAAAGGGCCCUUGGACAUUUCUUGUGCGAGACACAGAUAGCCGAGUCGUCAUCGGAGGAGACCCCCUUUCCCUAUAUCUUCUCCUCCUCCUUCGUCGCCAACAGAGAACCGAACAGCAGCGAAAAUGGCCAACGCAGCAUCUGGUAUGGCUGUGCACGAUGAUUGCAAACUGAAGUUUUUGGAGCUUAAGGCAAAGCGGACCUACCGCUCCAUAGUUUUCAAGAUUGAGGAGAAGCAAAAGCAAGUUGUGGUGGAACAUGUUGGUGAACCAGCAGAAACCUAUGAGCAGUUCACUGAGAAGCUUCCUGCUGAUGAAUGCCGUUAUGCUAUUUUUGAUUUUGACUUUCUUACACCUGAAGGUGUCCAGAAAAGCCGGAUAUUCUUCAUUGCCUGGUCUCCUGAUACAUCAAGGGUGAGAAGCAAGAUGAUCUACGCAAGCUCCAAAGACAGAUUCAAGAGAGAGCUCGAUGGAAUUCAGGUUGAGUUGCAAGCGACUGAUCCAACUGAGAUUGGUCUCGAUGUCAUUAAGAGCCGAGCCAGCUAGAUUAUGAAUCAUAGGCUAUCUGGUGGGCAGUUCGUCCCUGCACCCUUUGUUACUUGCGUGAUAUGUUUAUACAUUGUGGAAUUGGCGGCUUGGCAAAUGAUGGAAUCAAUUUCCAAGUUUCGCCGUUGUUUCUUAUUUAUUUUAAACAAGCGUCUGUGGUUUCUGGUAUAUCAUAUGAUAUGUUUAUUUGAUAGAACCUAUCUUUGUUGAGUGGCUGCUUUGGUAGCUGUAUGUCAACAAACUAAUAUGUAGCUGUUUGCGGGGUUUAGACGGCACCUUUCCGCCUUCCGAGUGUUGUAUAUGACCCUUGUCAUUUUACUUUGGAGCAGUAUAAAAGGAGCAUGCUUUUAUGGCC